ACGUGAUCAGCGCAGGCAUUGCCAUUUGGCGUCACGUGUUACGGUCAUUGACUCAGCUCUUGACGAGAACCAGGUGGAUCUGUAAACUUGGUCGCCAUCGCCGUCAUAAGUCCAGAACUCUUGUAAGGAAUACCCCAACGACUGUUGGCGUGCAACAUCUACAAGGCUUUACGACGAUUUGGGGACUGAUAGUGCGUGAUAGACGAUAAAAGCAGGGCGUCCCAUAUUUAAAUCGACGAGCCUAUCCCGAAAUGCUCGUCUUAAUCAUCGGGGACUUCCACAUCCCGCACCGAGCCAUUGACUUGCCGUCCAAGUUCAAAAGAUUACUCGUUCCCGGAAAAAUUCAACAGAUUAUCUGCACAGGGAACCUGACCUCUCGAGAAACACUCGACUACCUUAGAACUGUCGCAUCGGAUAUCCUCCUCGUUAAAGGAGACAUGGACGAAUCUCUAACACCAACUGCACCGCUGUCCCGAGUUGUGACGCAUGGACCUUUGCGUAUUGGGGUAGUACACGGCCAUCAGGUGAUUCCAUGGGGCGAUGCACGCACGUUGGGAAUUAUGGCUCGGGAGAUGGAUGUGGAUAUUCUGGUCAGUGGCCACACGCACCGAUUUGAGGCAUUUGAACAUGAAGGGAGGUUUUUCGUCAAUCCCGGCAGCGCGACGGGCGCAUUUGAAUGCGUCACGACGGGGCCAACACUUGCUGCUGCGGCGACGACCGGUGAGGGCGGCGCUGUAGGGGGGUCAAUCAGUAAUACCACGGCUGCUACCGGGGGGACAGAAACCACGGCCAGCUUCGUGCUGAUGGAUAUACAAGGCGCUGCAGUCGUUAUGUAUGUUUACCAGCUUAUCAAUGGGGAGGUGCGGGUGGAGAAACUGGAUUAUACAAAAAGACUGUAUGAUUAAGACUACCAUUGUUGUGAUUUCUGAUCCUGUGCAUCUCCCAUGCUCAGGCCAUGCUUUUACACGUGUCUCGCAAAAGAUAUUUGUCAACAACCAGUCCGCCGUGGCUAGAUCUCCUCGAUCUAGAUAUUCAAACAACUAUAUCGUUUGUUGCUUGACUCGUAGUCAACCUGUGUUUUUCCUCUUGUCGCGCCCUUCGCAGAACCCUUCCCAGCGCCAAGGUAUUGGUGGAGGUCGUGCAUUUCC